AUGCCUCCCAAGCGCAUCACCGUCCAACCGGCCCGCCGCUCGGCCAAGCCCCAGGGCUACUUCAGCUCGAUCUACAACACGCUGACGUCGGAUGAGAACUCGAGCGUCGUCAUCAGCGUCGCCAUGUUCGGAGCCGCCGUCGCUUUCUUCAGCUCCGAGUGGAGCGAGAUGCUGCUUCCCGGC